AAGGGCGCUUGACUGUGGCGGGAGGAGCGCGCAUGGAAAUGGAGCGGUCGGGGCGACUGGAUCGUGUCGCGGCACCAUAAAUAUCACUCGCGAGCGCCAUCGCAUUCUAAUUCUUUGCUUUUUCAAUCGCUUUCGACCGCGGCACAGAAGCUUUUAUUCAAGCUCUGGCGCUGCUGCUGCUGCGAGCGUGGAGCUAUGGCUCAUUUGAGAGAGUAUGACGAUAUCCAGUACUGGGAUAAGAGGUAUCUGGAUGAAGGAGAUGAUACUUUUGAUUGGUAUCAGCGAUUCAAAGAGCUCAAGCCUCUUUUGUGUCGUUAUAUCAAGAAAGAUUCACGCAUUUUGAUGGCUGGCUGUGGAAACGCUGUUCUCUCCGAGGAAAUGGUUUUGAAUGGAUUCAAGGAGAUCGUAAACAUCGAUUUCUCGUCGGUCGUGAUCAAGAAAAUGCAGCAAAGGCACCGCCACAUUCCUCAACUAACUUGUAUCUUCUAUCCUUGGUAUAGCCAUUUAAACGAUGUGACCAUGGAUGUGCGUAACAUGGCUGUGUUUGGGGACAACUCUUUCGAUGCCGUGAUCGACAAAGGGCUGAUGGAUUCCAUGCUGUGUGGAUCGAAUGGAUUUAUAGACGUCAGCUUCAUGCUGGAGGAGACUCGGAGGGUAUUAAAACCAGGAGGAGUCUUCAUACUGAUAACUUACGGUGAGCCACUCCUCAGGAUGCACCAUCUCAAGCACCCGGCAUUGGACUGGAAAGUUGUGCUUCACCUCACUCCCAAACCGGGUACCACAGCGUACAUCCCGGAAGCAUACGCAGGUGCGAUACCAAUGAAUGGCAACUGGGAGUGUGAUUUCUUGCUCGGGAUCUCUGAUCCCGACAUUAAUUUUGUUUACGUUUGUACCAAGCCUUCGUCCUGAUCAAGUUCUCAGGAUGUUUGAGCUAAACAAAGACAGGCAUUCAUUGUCCAAGUUCACUGCAAAGUUCUUAAAAACUCCAGUCCAUUU